AUGGAUAUUCGCGUUUUACAGCCAUCCGACAUUCCCCACGUGCAGCUAGCAAAUAUCACCAACCUACCCGAAAACUACUUCCUCAAGUACUACCUCUACCAUGCUCUUUCAUGGCCGCAAUUAUCUUACGUAGCGGUUGACCUUUCGUACGCCGAUAACCAUCCUGGGGAACCGCCAAAGAUUGUAGGCUAUGUGCUUGCUAAAAUGGAGGAAGAGCCAACAGAUGGUGUGCAGCAUGGGCACAUUACUAGUUUAAGUGUCAUGCGCACCCACCGGCGGCUGGGGCUGGCGGAAAAGUUGAUGAGGCAGAGCCAGAAAGCCAUGGUCGAAGCCUUUGGCGCGAAAUAUGUAUCCCUCCACGUCCGUGUCUCCAACAAGGCCGCGCUCCACCUCUACCGCGAUACGCUCCAAUUCGAGGUCGAUAAAGUAGAAGAGAAAUACUAUGCAGACGGCGAAAACGCAUACUCCAUGCGAAAAGACCUUACUUUCCUUGAAGAGCCCGAGAGCGAGGAUGAGGAUGAGGACGAGGCCGUUGGUGAGGAUGUCGAUAUUGACGGCGACGUCCCGAAAGAAAAGAAGACAAAGAAGAAGAGGAAUGUCAAGGUUGGACGAGGCCUGGGUGUAGCGGAUUUACAAGAAGUAGACGGGAGGGCUUAA